AUGGCUCAAUCUGCACCAGGAGACGGGGGUAUCUCCAUUGCCGUUGAGUUUACUGGCGGACUGGAGCUCCUUUUCUCCAACGAGCGCAAGCACAACGUCACCCUACCAGCUAGCUUAGACGACGGCACCCGGCCAAACAUCGCCUAUCUGCUUCGUUACUUGGUCGAUAAUGUCAUGCAAGAUCAGCGGAAAGAGAUGUUUAUCAUGGAGGACAAUGUUCGGCCGGGCAUUCUGGUGCUUAUCAACGACGCCGAUUGGGAAUUGGAAGGCGAGGAGAAGUAUGAGCUGCAGCAAGGAGAUAAUAUUGUUUUUGUCUCGACACUACAUGGAGGCUAA